AUGCAACAACCGAAUUUUCAACAAGCUCAACAAAAACUCAAAGACGUGACGACAACCGUCGUCGAUAAUUUAUCAAUAUCGAAUAACAUCACAAUCACACCUGUUAAUUCCAAACACCUCAUUACAAAUAAUAAUAAUAAUAAUAUUAAUAUUAAUAAUAAUAAUAAUAACAACAACAAUAACAACAACAACAACAACCUACGAAAGGUUCGUUGUUUAGCUUUUAUUGAAAAUAGUUCGGGUGAUAUAGCGAGUCCUGGAAGCGUACCGGAAGCUAGAUCGCCAUCGGGUGGUGCCAGCGACGGAUUUACACUAACGGAUGUUAACAGAGACGUGCCAUCUUUUAAAACUUUCAAUUCGUACAAAGAGGAUUCGAAGGAUAGUUUUAGAAAGGACAAUCAUUCGUCGGAUGCUGUUCAGAGAGAUAAAUUCGGAUUCCGCGAUGGCGGGUCUUACCACUCCGACAAUAAUUUUAUAAUAGAUAAUAAAAAUUCAAUGAGAAAUAAAACAUCGCCGCCGACGACGAAAAGGUUCGACAUGACGCCGAAAUCUCUGUAUCCGGUACUGCCGAACAAUAUAUGCCACUAUAACGAUGAGGAAGUGAGAAAGUAUCAGGAGAAAAGCGAAAAACUCAACGAGUACGGUUAUAACAAAUUCAAUUCUUACACGUCGGGUAACGUGAAAGAGGAUAGAUCGUCUGGAAGGUUUAGUAGUAGUUUUAACGAGGAUUUAAUAAUAAAACCCGUGCCAUCGAAGGUAUCGAUGAACAUGAAAGAUAACAGGAGUCAAGAAAUCGAAGUACAAACGACAAACGCGUUCGUUUUGCAUUCGUGGCAUCCGCACGUGUAUGCGAAACCACCGAAAACUCCGACCCCUCAUUCAAUAUUGGACAUAUUAGGCUCACUGCCGCACAAAUAUUCACCAUCUUCGGCCAUGGUACGACCGGUUUGUGGUAAGGAAGAAAGGUUGCUACCCCCGCCCUCAUCGAACGACGUUACUGAAAAUGUUUUUAUUAAUAAUACGAGUAGUAGUGACGAACCUUUAAAUUUAUGUUUGCCAAAAUCUCGCGACGUGUCACCUUCGAGUUCGAUAAGUUCGCGUACGGUCACGCCACCCAUAACGACCGGACACGUUAUGGAUCAUCAUCAUCAUCAUCAUCAUCAUAAUACUUCGUUAGGUUUGGUCAACGGAAGACCGGAUUUAAUAACUGCUAGUCCUGAAAAAUUAAUUCAUCAAAUCAAAGAUAGUAAGUAG